AAGCUGGACCCCUGCUACACCUGCUAUCAGCUGACAAAAUGUGUCAUAUAUUUCUCUUCAAUCUCGCGAACUUCGCCCACACAUGAUCAGCCUAACGAGACUGUUGAGUAUCUGCCACCGUUUAUCCGAAGCGGUUCAGUGUUAGUCUGGCCUGUGCUCCCUCGCCUCGACAUCUCAAUCAGAGAUCACAGCAAUUGAAAGUGUACCAGAAAUAUUUUCUGUGACAAGCUCUCGUUAGCAGGUGGCCACUUGUCACUCUGCUGUUCGUUAUCAUCCAGUACUAAUUGUUGGGCGUUGUUUAAUCAUUUUACUCGUUAAUUAACUUGAUUCAUUGAUUGAUUAUCAUGGCAUCGCAGAAGACAGAAGUUUCGGUGCCUAAUAGCAUUAAAUUCCUCAUUGGCGGAACUUCUGGCAUGGCUGCAACGUGUUUCGUGCAACCUUUGGACCUCAUUAAAAAUCGUAUGCAACUGAGUGGAACGAGAGUUUCCACUUUGAGUGUUGUCUCACAAAUCGCUCGAAAUGAGGGAGUACUGGCUAUGUACUCGGGACUGUCUGCUGGACUUAUGAGACAAGCUACAUAUACGACGACACGACUGGGAAUCUAUACUUGGCUGUUUGAACUAGCAUCGAAGGACGGUCAACCAAAUUUCCUCACUAAAGCCGCCCUGGGAAUGGCGGCUGGUUGUGUAGGGGCUUUUGUAGGAACUCCUGCGGAAGUUGCCCUCAUCAGAAUGACUGCGGAUGGUCGAUUACCAAUCGCUGAGCGACGAAUGUACAAAAAUGUAUUUGAUGCACUAUUUCGAAUAAUAAAGGAGGAAGGUCUUUUCACACUGUGGCGUGGAGCCAUUCCUACAAUGGGAAGAGCCAUGGUGGUAAAUGCAGCUCAAUUAGCAUCAUAUUCCCAGGCCAAACAGGCUCUGCUCGAGACUGGUUAUUUCGAAGAGAAUAUAAUGCUACAUUUCGCUAGCUCAAUGAUCUCUGGACUCGUCACCACUGCUGCUUCAAUGCCCGUUGACAUUGCAAAGACGAGGAUUCAAAAUAUGAAGAUGAUCGAUGGGAAACCAGAAUACAAGGGAGCCGUUGACGUUCUUACAAAAGUUCUACGCAACGAGGGAGUUUUCGCCCUUUGGAAGGGCUUCUUUCCCUAUUAUGCAAGAUUGGGACCCCAUACAGUUCUCACCUUCAUCUUCCUCGAGCAGAUGACAUCGUCUUACAAGCAAUAUUACUCGUAAUUCCAACAGCACGAUGGUUGGCAAUAAUUAUGUGCCAGACUGUGAAAUUCCUCAUUGUGCUUUUAUUUAUUCAACGAAAUGAUUUUUCUCAUGAUUCGUCAGUUUUGGGGGACACAAGUCAAUAAUUAUUAUUCAUCCUGAUGUACGGGUUAGAGCAACACAUAUGUGAGGUUUAUCUUUAUUGCGUGCAAGGAUAACGCACAAUAAUAUAGAUAAAUAAUCGUGACGAAUUUAGUGAAGUGAGUAACAACAUGUGCCGUAUCACAAGUCAAUUUUUUUAUACGUUUACUCGUCCUAUGUUACUGAUUAUUGUGUGAAACCGUUUUUAAAUUUAUUUCUACUUAUUUUCGAAUCAGUUGUCGAAAAAUCUUAUCAGAGUAAUUGUCUCCACUGAGCUGAUCCAUAGUUGCCGGCAACUCUUCUUGCAGUGGUAGCCAGUCCUCUCCUCAUUUCACUGAUUCGUCCCUCGUAUGUGAAAUCUCAAAACUAUGAAAGAGGUCAAAUAUUCGCAAACCUUUAUUAUUUUAUCAGAAACGAUCAACUUAGUUGAAGUCCAUAUCAUCGCUCUACAAAAUAGAGCAAUUUUUUUCUGAAGAUUUACCAAAAAUUUUGUGUUCUUAGACGUAAUUGUAGAAACGAAAAACGAUACAUUCUUCAAACAUUCUAUCAAAGUAUUUUUGCUAUUAAUGUGCGGAGAAGGAUUAUUGUACCAAUCAUUGUUCAUGGAAACAUGUAUAUAGUGUAAGGUUCAUUAUUAGAACUAGGAUCGUCGGCGAUUACCUCAUUUUCUUAAAACUCUGUGAAAACCCACUUGUGUAUAGCGCAAUUUUGUAAUAAAUAUUGAAUCACA